UCCUUGACUAUGAUAUUGCUCUUUCUUAUGGAUGAUCUCGACGCGAGUAGUCGUACUGUUACAAUAACGUUCGAUUUGCCUCUGAAAUUUUACAUCUUCCGACUCAUAUUCCUAUUUAUGGAAGAUUGUGAGGAGUCAUAUGAAGUAUCUAUGCAGGCAAGAUUUCCAAGGCAAUCUGAGCAAGUUGAACGACUGGAAUGCAAUGAGCCGGUAACUCACAGCUAUCUACUCACUUUAAUUAGGCACAUGAGCACAGCGUUUGCAAUAGCCAAUAAAUUGCAGAUUUAUCUGUUUAAGGUUUCAAUACUUUGUGAUUCUCGAGGUGUUCUCUCCGUGCAAUUUAUGGUCGAACAGACUGAACACAAACAGGUCUACAUAGAAUUUCAUGUGAGUGAAAUGACCAUGUUCGUAGUGCUUCUCCUAUUCUUACUUAUGAAGAUGUUAUUCAGUGCGCUCCACAGUGUGAAGACUCAUGACGACUUCAUGAGCUCUUGA